GCGGCGUUUGAUAAGGUGGAAUUCUACGGAUGAACUGCAAACAAAAUUCGAUUUUUUAAAACUUGCACCGCACCAUCAAACGGGGAAUUAAAAGUGACUGGUUUUUACGAGCCUUACCAGGUCUGGGAUCAAACUGCCUGGAUUGAAAUCCCCCGCCUAGAUCCUUCUUUGUUCCCGUUAGGGCUGCGUUGAUGCUCCUCGCUCUCUCUCUCUCUCGGCACCGUGUCUUCAAUCUGCCGCGUACAUGUGCUGCAGCAGCAGCUGAGGUACCAUCUCGGAGCACAACACCUUCGCAUUUGACUGGUACCCGUCUCUCUCUCUCUCCCUCUCUCUCUUGGACGAUCAUCCAUGGGCACUAUUUGGGAAUGAUUUCUUCCGUGAGGUUUGCCAUAUUCAAUCUGCUUGUUUUGAGUUUCAUUUUCGCUGGGUAUAUAUGUGAGUCUUCUGGCUGAAAGAUUGAAAUGCCCUCUCUCUCUCUCUCUUUCUUGCAUACGGUAUUUGGAUGCUUAUGCUUCAUUUGUGCAGAGAAGUUUGUGGCUUUUUUUUUUUUUCCUACGCAACUGUUUUUUUGUGAAGAAGUUAAAUUCUUUCUGAGAUUUAAGCUGGUGGUUCUUUGUAGCUUUCAAGAAGGUUGCUAGCUUUCAAGAAGGUUGCUAGUCGCGUGCUUCUAGUUUUGUUGUCUUGGAGAAUUUUCUGCCGUGUAAUUGGAUGGCUAGGUCCUGUAUUGGAAGGAUCAUGUUGUGUAGGCGGAAGCUCUAUAUUUUAGCUGUAUGAUGUUCUAUAUUUGAUCUAAUGUCUCUCCCUCUCCGCAGGCAUCUGUUUUAAGAGGUUUCUUGUUCUUUGAAAUUCUAUUAUUCGUAUAGGGGAAAUGCUUUCACUGAGAAAUACUCGAUGAAGUUUCCCCUCUUUCCGUUGUUUGCCACAAUAGUCUGUGUAUUAUUUUCGAGCGAUAUUUGGUGAAUCUUCUUCUAUGUGUUUAAAUUUUGAAAGGCAAUUGCUGCGGCAGGGAGGAGGUGGAUUUGCCAUAUGUUAGAUUCCACCUCAGGGGCAUGCUUCUGUGCAGCUCCCUUUUCUGAUACCAUCUUCCAUUAUUGAUAUUACUUCAUGUAGGAUUUUCAGUUUCAGAAGCUUUCUGCAGGAACUUUAGUCUGCUUGCAUUCGCUUCUAUCUGGUUGUUCAUAUAAUCUUCCUUUCACGAUUUAAAUUGAUCCAGAUAGGCUCUUCAUCAUGCACUCUUUCAACUAUAGUGCGGUUCUAAAGAAUCAGGUCCAUGUUUCUCAAAGAAGCACCUGCUUCUCCUACUCCAGCCAGUGAGUUCAUCCGAGUAACCACAGUGGCACUCCCAACUCUGCUGCCACUGACAAUGGAGAAAGCGGCAGCAGCAGAGAAGAAGCUUCCAUAGUGGAUGCCUCUCUCCCUCAUAAUGCAGAUCUUGAAGAUCAUUGUGUUAUAAGUACUGCCCCCAGUCAUGCACAGGCUUACCAGCGGAAAAAAAAAAAAUUCCAAGGUCCUCUCGAAGCAGAUCAACAAUAAUAAGUUAUGGGAACCUAUAACAGGCUUGGAAAAAAGAAUGGAACAUGUCGAGUGGAAAGUUGUGCUGCUGAAUUGGGAGAUCAACCGCAUCCAUGACAAGAUGUUCCAAUUAUUCUGUUGAGAGGGUUUGUUUUUGCCUAUGGGAAGCGGUUAUGCACAUAGGACAAAGUUAAGGUGACUCGUUAAUUGUUGAAAGGAUGUCGAACCCCAAGCAAAGUGGAGGGUACUCUAGGACUGAAGGCUCCACCAAGUAGAGGUCUGCCUUGCUGCAUUAGCCAUCUCUCGGCCACCUGGAGCUCCUUACAGUAAGCAUCCUCUUCAUACCUUUUGCCCUUCAAUCCUAUCCCAUACCCUCUGAUGCUGGUCAGUUUAAGCAUAAAGGCUACAACGGCCACCAAGAACUCCUUCCCAGUAAGUAUCCUCCUUAAACCUGUCUUCCUUCCUUCUUUUCUCUCCCUUUGUUUCCUUCGAUCCCUAAACUUCAGCAGUGCCAUCAUCAACCCCCCACAUAGUGGCGAUGACGCCCACCUUGUGAACCUCAUCAGCACCACCAUUGCUAGAAAUCCUGGACAUUUCCCUCGCCGAUUCGCUGGCACCCACCUUCCCAGCCUGACCGAUUCAGUGGUGAUUCGAGUCUUCAACUCGAUUAGGAAUCAACCUAAGACUGCCCUUCGCUUCUUCCGCUGGGCCGAGCAGCAGCCCGGCUUCGAGCCCUCUGCUGGAUGUUUCUGCACUGUGCUGGAGAUGCUUGUUGAUGUCGGGCUCACUCCCUCUGCCCACUGCGUUUUGGAGGAUGUGAUUAGGCUGAAUUGCCAUGAAAUUUUGGACGUUUUGAUUGAUGGGCAUGUGAAACAUGCUUCUGCUAUUCGGAUUCUCGAUCUCCUCCUGUGGAUUUAUACCAAGCAAUCAAUGGUUGAACACUCUCUUAUGGCUUUUUAUCGGAUGAUUGGAAGUGGGUACCUGCCAGACGUUCGGAACUGUAACCGGGUUCUUAGAUUGCUAAGGAAUCAUGGGUCUCCUGAAAAGGCAAGAGAGGUUUACAAAUCGAUGAAGAAAUUCGGUAUCACGCCUACCAUUGUCACAUUCAACACGAUGCUUGAUUCUUACUGCAAGGAAGGGAAGGUUCAAGAUGCCCUGGAGUUGUUGGAAGAGAUGCAAUCGAAGGGAUGCGUGCCUAGUGAUGUUACAUAUAAUGUGUUGAUCAAUGGGCUAUCCAAGGAAGGAAAGUUGGCAAAAGCAGAGGACUUGAUACGUGAAAUGUUGAACUCGGGAUUGAAAGUUUCAGCCUACACGUAUAAUCCUUUGAUUUAUGGUUGUUUUGCUAGCGGUAGUGUUUUUGAAGCUUUUAGAUUUAGGGAUGAGAUGGAGAGGAAAGGAGUUCUUCCUACUGUUACGACGUUCAAUACAUUUCUCAGUGGCCUAUGUAAGAGAGGAAGGCUGGUUGAAGCUAGGCAGCAAUUCGAGGAGAUGUUGAAGAAGAACCUAAGCCCUGAUAUUGUUUCUUACAACACCUUGAUUGAUGGGUACUGCAAAGUUGGGGAUCUGAGAGAGGCCUUUCUGCUUUUUAAUGAUUUGAAAAGCAAGGGAAUAAUUCCUACAAAUGUAACAUAUAAUACACUUAUUGAUGGCCUUUGUCGAAUCGGAGAGCUGUCAAAGGCAAGGAGUUUUAUGGAAGAGAUGAUCAGUCAGGCCUUCAUUCCUGAUGUUCUUACCUAUACUUCUCUUAUUAAUGGAUCUUGCAAGACUGGUAACCUUGUCAUGGGAAAGGAGCUUUUCGAUGAGAUGAUUGGCAAGGGCAUAUAUCCAGACCAGUACACUUACACUGCUAGGAUUGAUGCUGAGUUAAAGUCAGGAAAUGUCCAUGAAGCGUUUCAUUUGCGUGAAGAGAUGGUGAACAAGGGGGUGCUUCCUAAUUUGAUUACUUAUAAUGUUUUGAUCGAUGGACUAUGUAAAUUGGGCAAUCUAGAGGACGCUUAUGAGCUAUUACAGAGGAUGGUUGAGGAUGGGUUUGUCCCAGAUUGCAUGACAUACACUUCUCUAAUCUAUGCACGUUGUGAGAAUGGCGAACUCAGAAUAGCAAGGGAAAUUUUCAGCGAGAUGCAAACUCGGGGCUUGUUGCCAACCGUUGUAACUUACACCAUUUUGAUUCAUGCUCAUGCCCGUGAAGGUAGGUUGGGUGGUGCGUACAGAUUUUUCAAUGAGAUGAUAGAGAAGGAAUUAUUACCCAAUGAGAUCACCUACAAUGCUUUGAUACAUGGACAUUGUAGGAUGGGGGGACUUGCAGAAGCUUACAAGGUCUUCCAUGCGAUGGAAGAGGAAGGUCUGUCUCCCAAUAAAUAUACAUACACGUUACUUAUAAACGAGAACUGCAAUGUGGAUAACUUGCAGGAGGCUCUGAGACUGUACAGUGAAAUGCUGCAGAGAGAUAUUAGACCGGAUUCAUGUACUCAUAGUGCAUUGCUCAAGCAUGUCCGCAAAGACCAUGUACUUCAUUCAAGUGAAGUUUUAGAGAACGAAGUUUUGGCUGAUUAUAAUGUUGGAAAAGGCCCUUCUUUGGUAGAUGUACAUUGAGCAGCACUGGCAUUUGCCUGGAAGAAAAAUUGAUUCCACGUGGUGUACAGCUAGGCCUGGAGUCGAGUUAAUUCUUCCAUAUCUUUGGCCUGACAGUACAUUGUUCAGUUGAAAGAUGCCUUCAAGCAAGUUGAUCAUCUAGUGCCUCUUUGUAAAUAUGGAUUCUGUUUUGCCCCCCGUUUUUUAACCCGAAAAAUUUCUUGCAAAUAGCUAUUCAAUCUCGGCAUUAUAAGAUACAAUGUUGAUCUGUCAUCUCCCCUUGAGUUGCAAUAAGGAACGACAAAGAAGAUUGGUUGAAAUAAGAUGUAAUUUUUUUUCUUCUAAUUAGGCACUAGAUCGAAAUGUAUGCUUCAAGUACAAGUAUUUUUUUCCAAUGCACUGCUGUUUUAAUAGUGCAUCUAAUGUAUUAUUGUAUUCAUUAAUUUAUGUUCUCUGGGUGCCUUCAAUGUA